GGCCGGGGACCCCCGCGCCCCGCGGGCCCUGGAGGGCCUCCCUGCGGAGCCCGGGCCAGCGAGCGGCUCUGGGGGCGGCGCUUGCCGGAGGACCGCGGAGACUCGGGGGAGGUACCCCUCGGCCCUCCGGCCGCACCGCCCCGCUAAAGAAAGGGGAAACGAAACGCGAAAGCAUUCACGGAAGGCUCACCCAGGCCGAGACCUGCCCCGGCCGCGAUGCGUCCCCUGAUGUGACCAGGACAGCCCGUCGCCCCCACCGCACGUCGGAGACCAGGGUCGAAUCAAGGGUCCGCGGGCCCCGCCCCGAGGCAGGACGGAGCCCAGCGCCCCCUUGGCCCUGCCCUCGGGCGACGGCCCCGGUGGGAGACCGCGAGCCUCCCGGCCUGCGGAGAGAGCGCCCCGGGAGGCAGCGGCGGCGCGGGCUCGGUCUCCUCGGCCUUCUGCUUGCGCUGCGCCUCGUUGGUCCCUUCCUUGCGAAGAGCCAGCCCGGGAGUCCUCGGCCCCUUUAGGCUUGGGGCUUCUUAGGUGUUUUUACCAGCGAGGCUCGCCGAGGCCUCCUAUGCUGGGCGAGGUAGAGCCAGCUGUGCAGAGCUCUGCAGCGAGCCGCCCGGAGAGAAGCAGUGAAGUCCUGGAGCCCAGCUGAGAUGAACUGGCCUCCUUGAGCCUGCCCAAGCCCUGGCGCCAGGCCUCUGUCCCAGCCCUGAGAUGUUUUUUGAUCAUCCGGAGAAAAAUGAGCCUUGGCCUCCAGAUCCAAUAAAGCAUACAUUCCUCCCAUGGAGAAGAGCACUGAUUUCUGAGGACCUGCAGGGCCUGCAGCCCCAGGGGGAUUAGCCAAAAGCAGGCUUGUUUUCUACUCAGCACAGAGUGGCUGCCCUGAACACAUCUUUCAUUAUGAUUCAUACCAACUUGAAGAAAAAGUUCAGCUGCUGCGUGUUGGCCUUUCUCCUGUUUGCAGUCAUCUGUGUGUGGAAGGAGAAGAAGAAAGGGAGUUACUAUGAUUCCCUCAAGUUGCAAACCAAGGAAUUCCAGAUGGUGAGAGGGCUGGAAAAACAGGCUGCGACUUUGAGCAGCACUCAGAACCCCCCCAGGGCCAGCCAGGCCCUCAGCAGUCCCCGGGGCCCAGUCAAGGCCAAGUCAGAGGCCUCCUUCCAGGUGUGGAACAAGGACAGCUCUUCCAAAAACCUCAUCCCCAGGCUGCAGAAGAUCUGGAGAAAUUAUCUGAACAUGAAUAAGUAUAAAGUGUCCUACAAGGGGCCAGGGCCGGGGGUCAAGUUCAGUGCGGAGGCCCUGCACUGCCAUCUCCGGGACCACGUGAACGUCUCCAUGGUAGAGGCCACAGAUUUUCCCUUCAACACCUCCGAAUGGGAGGGUUUCCUACCCAAGGAGAACAUUAGGACCAAGGCUGGGCCAUGGGGCAGGUGUGCUGUUGUCUCCUCAGCCGGAUCCCUGAAGUCCUCCCAGCUGGGCCGAGAAAUAGAUGAUCAUGACGCAGUCCUGAGGUUUAAUGGGGCACCCACAGCCAGUUUCCAACAAGAUGUGGGCACGAAAACCACCAUUCGCCUGAUGAACUCUCAGCUGGUCACCACCGAAGGGCGCUUCCUCAAGGACAGUCUGUACAACGAAGGAAUCCUAAUUGUGUGGGACCCGUCUGUUUACCAUUCAGAUAUCCCAAAGUGGUACCAGAGCCCCGACUACAGCUUCUUUGAGAACUAUAAGAGCUAUCGCAAGCUGCAUCCCGACCAGCCUUUUUACAUUCUCAAGCCCCAGAUGCCUUGGGAGCUAUGGGACAUCAUUCAAGAAGUCUCCCCAGAGGAGAUCCAGCCCAACCCCCCAUCCUCCGGAAUGCUCGGUAUCAUCAUCAUGAUGACACUGUGUGACCAGGUGGAUAUUUACGAGUUCCUCCCAUCCAAGCGUAAGACUGAUGUGUGCUACUACUACCAGAAGUUCUUUGACAGUGCCUGCACGAUGGGCGCCUACCACCCACUCCUCUUCGAGAAGAAUCUGGUGAAGCACCUCAACCAGGGCACAGACGAGGACAUCUACCUGCUGGGAAAAGCUACACUGCCUGGCUUCCGGAGGAUUCGCUGCUGAGCAUGGGCUCCCUGGUCAGGUCCCCCUCGCCAUUCUCCACCAAGUCUGGGCAGAUCACGCUCCUAAACAAUUGCGGCCCGCACUGUGGGCCUUCUGUGAGCGAGAACCUCAGGCUGUAGGAGUCCCAACAGCAAGCAGCCAGGUCCAGCCUGCCCCGUAGCUGCAGAGGUGUGCGAGCCCAAAGCCGCCUGCCACACCCAUGUACACACACACCUAGCAUUCUUUCCAUACCACCAGGGCUGCCAAAACUGGGCUGUUUUCUCCUUAUUUUCACAAACCAGCACUCUCCAUUGCUUCAAACCUGCACCUUUACACCGAUGUCACAUUUUAAAGAAAUUCUCCCAAAUUAUGAUUGGGCCCAGUAUAAGGUGGCUCUGGGGGCCAAUGAGUGGUACUGGGCAUAGGAAACAUGUUGAUUCCUCCAGAACAAAGUUCCUCCCAAAGCCCAUGCCCCUGGGAGAGGUGGCAUUCCUAUCUCUCUGGCUGGUUUGGUGGGUCCUUAGCCUGGGUGCUUCUGAGCAGAGGGUCUUGGUGAACCCACAUCUUCUCCAUAUGGAGAAGAGAGGCACAGAAGGGCACGGUCUCCAUCCUCCAGCUGUCCACAGUUCAGUGGGAGAGAGACAGGGAGGAUUCAGUGUGCUCAGUGCUCAGGGCGUUCGUGGCGAGGCCGACUCCAUGCUGUCCGCUCUCGUGCUCAGAGGGGCCACGCAUUUGCCGUGACUGUGGUCGGAGAGGGCUUCGCUGAGCUGCGCGGUGGAGGAGCUUUUAGAGGAAGUGGAGAAACACGUCAAGCAGAUGUUUGAGUCAUUUGAGUUGUGUUUUCCCUUCUGCCUUUACUGCCCAUGUUUAUUCUCUAAGGUCUGCCCAAACUUCAAGGCUCAAGUUAUUUUUUAAGGAAACCACUCCCGCUGAGUACAGCCCCAUGGCAGACACCUGGCAAGCCAAAUGCCAAAAACCUGACUUGUCCACGCUCGGCCUGGCCUGACCCUUCGCUGCAGCUGGGUUCGCACACCGUGCACACCGUGUCUGCUGCUUCCCUGUCAAUGCCUGCCCCACCCCCUCCUGCCUGCCACCUUGUUUUUCCCCUUUAAAACAGUAGAUUGUUUCCCUCUCUCAAAUUACUUUUAGGCAUUUUGUACUUUAAAAGCAUCCCGAUUGGAUGAUUUCUUUGACCUUCAUGGGCUUUUUUGCAGAAUGUGUCUCAGGGAGUUAGGGAUGUGGUUCCCUAGAAUUUAAAGUUGCUCUCAGAAGUCAGAACCUUAGGGCAGCCCGGGUGGCUCAGCGGUUUAGUGCCACCUUCAGUCCAGGGCGUGAUCCUGGAGACCCGGGAUCGAGUCCCACAUCGGGCUCCCUGCAUGGAGCCUGCUUCUCCCUCUGCCUGUGUCUCUGCCUCUCUCUCUCGCUCUCUGUCUCAAAUAAAUUUAAAAAAAAUCUUAAAAAAAGACACAACCUUAGAGAUAACGGUUUAUCAGACGGCUAUGCCCUCCACCUCUCCGGCGAGGGGCAACGUCAGAGUCUCCAGAUAGAGCCCCUCCCACCGUGGUGUGCAAAUAAGCUUCCUGGGGAGUUUUGCUACCCCCUUCCCAGGUGAAGAACCACACUGGACUGGUCUGGCCCUGGUGAGGAGAAGGUAAAGGACUCACUCAGGGUUACAAAGUAAUGCUGUAGAGUCAGGGCUCCUAGACCCAGGCUUGUGGACUCCUGGCUCCAUGUGCUCAAGGGCCUCUUCAGCUUGAGUUCUAGACAAGCAGUCUGGGAACUGGAGUGCUCUCAUGCUGCCAGACCCUUGGGUUAUAUGGGCAGCAGAAGGAGUCCUGGAGAGAGAAGCCCUGGGUUUUCAAAUUGAUGUUCCCCUGUUUACUAGCCAUGCCACCAUGGGCUAAUUCUCCUGAGGCUCUGUUUCCACAUUUGCUAAAUGGAGGUAAUGAGCCGACCUCACAGGGUUGUUGUUAAGGUUACAUGAAACACCUGCCCCGGGUCUGUACUUGGCACAUAGCAGGUGCUUAGUACAUAGUGGCUUCUUUGCCUCUCUCCCUCCUUCCUCCAGUAAGAACCU